AUUUAAUUAUUUUAAACGAGGCAGCCAAUUAAAAAUAUAAACAAAAUAUAAAUGUUAUAAUUGUAAGAAUAAUUUUAUGCUGACAUUCUGCGAGCGUAAACAAAACAAAAAAAGAAAAAUGAGCAACAGCGAGGAUUCACAGCAAUAUCUCACAGAUAUGUUAGUCAAAGAGGAGGACGAGGCGUCGGGUGACGAAUCGGACCGACAGGAUGGACAUGGCAGCAUGCUGCGCGAACAGGAUCGAUUUUUGCCCAUUUGCAACAUUAUUAAGAUAAUGAAGGUGCCCGUGCCGCAGAAUGGCAAAAUAGCCAAAGACGCCAGAGAGUGUAUACAGGAGUGCGUCUCAGAGUUCAUAUCAUUCAUCAGCAGCGAGGCCAUCGAGCGCAGCGUCGCCGAGAACCGAAAAACAGUUAACGGGGAUGAUCUGCUGGUGGCCUUCAGCAAUCUGGGCUUCGACAACUAUGUGGAGCCCCUCUCCAUUUACUUGCAAAAAUAUCGCGAGUCAAACAAAUCGGACCGCAAUUUAUUUCUGGAGGGCAGCUAUAUGCAAACCGACGACGCUAACGAGUCGGGCAAGCAGUAGCUAUCUAUUAUGGGGGCCUAUUAUUUAAGUUUUUGGUACCCUUGCAGAGGCUAUUAUAAUUUCGAAAGAAUUGUACACUUUUCCAUUGUAAUAACAACAUAGCCAUGUCCGUCUGUCUGUUUCUGUACAAACUAGUCUCUGUUUAAAGCCAUCCCUUUGAAACGUUAGUAGGGUCUUAUUUUUUUUGCAGACAGUGUGUCUGAGCUGCCGGAAUCGGACCACUAUAGCUUAUGGAUGGGAACUAUCGUACAGAAGUAAAUUUUGAGAAGAAACCCGUUUGGUUUUUCAAUCCUAAUAAAUCGCGCAACUACUGCAAGUGUUUUAGUCUUCGGCAUGCCGAAGUCUAUUCUUUUUUUUUUUAAUUUAUGAAUUAUAUAUACAUAUAUAUAUAUAUAGUCAAGGUUUUACUUUUAUGGCAAGUAGCUUAGUAAUAUAAUAGUUUCAUUUAAUAUGUAUAUUUUAUAAGACACCAAGUACUUUUGUAUAUUCUACAGGUUUACAUAUUUGUAUAUGCUUACUGAUAUUAAAAGGAGUAUGAUGAAUCAUAUUGUGUUGUUACUGUACGAGUGUUUAACAUGAUGACAUUCUUAAGGAUACAGUUGAGUUUUAGCUACGAGAAGAGGAUUACUGCAUGGAGAAAUAGUACCUCUAGCUCAGCUAAAUGCUUGCAGAUUUCUUAAGUACUUGUUCAAUACUAACAUUUGGUAUUUGAAGAUAAGGAUAAUUCUUGAUAUCCCAAAAACUAAGAGAACAAAUGAUUUAUUCCCUAGCCAGUCGACAGGAAUCACGCUAUCAAUGUGGUGAUAUGAGCUUUUUCUUAGCUCCAUGAGGCAAAACGAAGAGGAAAUAUGCCAAAAGAUAAUUUGUAUUCGUUAUUUUAAUUAAAAAACAAAGUUAAAAUUGCCACACAAUUUUAAAAUGAACUAAAGCAACAGCUAAACAAGGAACAUUCCGUGUAUAAAAGUAAAAUAAGGCUAUAAGGAUUGAAAGAUCACUGGACUACCACAUAGACUACAUACUACAUAUACAUACACAUUUAUAUGCAUAUAUUAUAUUAGCUACUCAGUUAUGUUUAGUAUGUGGGGGGAGGGUUCUACCUAAGAAUAGCGUAGACGUGAUGCUUAGUUUCAUAAAUACAAUUAUAAGAGAUACUUACGUAUUAAAUAUUAUAAAUUAUUUGUGACUAACUCUAGGCUAAAAUGAUGUGGCUUAUUAACAUGGGGAUAGUACUCC